CGAACUGCUGCUGCUGUUGCUUGUCGUAUCGCAUUUAAUCAACUAACUAUAAAACUUAACAUAUGUGGUAGAAAAUAAGAACUGUCUUUGAUCGUCCGAUCGCUAUCGAUUCGUAAGAUUAUUCGUUUAUAAUUAGACCUAGUAAACGAUAGCUCACAUUCCUUUUAUAGUUCGAUUUGAAACUUACCUAUCAGAAUUGAUCCAUUGCGUCAUUACGAUACGCAAGAGCGCAAGAGUAUUAUAAAAUCGAUCGUGUAACAUGUUAAGAUAAAAUGAUCGGGCGUAUAAAAUAAUUUAAUUUAUGUAGAAAAAUGAUUUGUGUAAUAAUACUGUGUUAUCCGUGAUACGCUCUGUUAUAUAAUCAUACGAAAUGUUCAUUCGUACGAUGAUUUAUUAACGUAGUCACGGUCACGUUGUCCAACCAUCGUCCUUGCCGUGCUUGGGGCUUCGAGUAUCUUCCUCCUCGACAGGGAAAUUGUUUUAUAAGAAUUUUAUGAAUAUCAAUUAAGGAAUGGAAGAAUACACAAGAGAACCAUGCCCUUGGCGUAUAGUAGACGAUUGCGGAGGUGCGUUUACUAUGGGUGGUAUAGGAGGAGCGGUAUUUCAAAGUAUCAAGGGUUUCCGCAACGCGCCCAGUGGAAUAAACAAAAGACUUCAAGGCAGUCUUAUGGCUGUUAAGCAAAGAUCCCCCAUCAUUGCUGGAAACUUUGCAAUAUGGGGUGGUACGUUCUCCACUAUAGAUUGCGCAUUGGUUCACCUUAGGAAAAAGGAAGAUCCAUGGAAUACUAUUAUCAGUGGAGCAGCUACUGGUGGAAUAUUAGCAGCAAGAAAUGGUUUACCAGCAAUGGCUGGUAGUGCGCUUAUCGGAGGACUAUUGUUAGCAAUGAUAGAAGGUGUAGGAAUAUUUAUGACGCGUUUUUCUGCGGAUCAGUUCAGACCGCCACCAUUCAUCGAAGAUUCGGGCCACGUGAGACAAGGACAGGGCAAUCCAUCGUAAAACGUAUAAAUACUUAGAUACUUAUUUCGAGUUACACGCUGCUAAUCCAGUACAAAAUGUUUCGUACAGUUCGAAACUACAGUAGUUGGAAACUACAGAUCAUACUUGUAUAGACGAUACGAUUCCUCCACUUAAGAAAUAAUAAUAAUAGUUUGAUUUGUAUUCAAUGCUG